UUCCUGACUGUUACCUGUUUCCGCACUGUUGCGCCUCUUAAGCUAUCCAGUUGCUGCAGUGGUAUUUCAGCCUGCGGUGCUUGAGAAGUUUCUUCAUUUGUAAUACUUCAAACAGGCGCUUUAUCUCCGGAUAAGAGUCCAAAUUUAUUCCUGUCAAGAGCCAAAACUGGGCGCAAAACAUGUCGCAGCCGCAGCAGAUACGGGACGAGAGUGACUUUGACCAGCUCCCAGACAACAUCCCUAUCAGUGCCACCAUUGCUGAUAUCGAGGAGAAAAAAGGCUUCAUUGACUACUUUAGGUUUGUGGUUGAAGUGAAGACAAAAGGGGGCAGUAAAUAUCUGAUCUAUCGGAGGUACAGAGAGUUUUUCAAUCUUCACCAAACUCUAGAGAACAAAUACUCUCCUGAGGACCCAGAGAGACCUGGUCCCAACACCUGCGCCCUGCCCCCUCUUCCAGGAAAAGUCUUCAUCGGAAACAAAAAGGACAUUGCAGAAAGCAGAAUCCCUGAACUCAACACAUACAUGAAGAGGUUACUCGGUCUUCCAACAUGGCUGUUACUUGAUGAUAGUCUCAGGAUGUUCUUCUAUCAGACGGAGCAGGACAGCCAGCACGAGCCACGGGCCCUAAGACGUCUUCGUCCACCAACCCGCAAAGUGAAAACCGUCAAAGCACCAAAGAUGGACCUCUUCUCCUCCCCCAGGGCAGAGGCGAUGUUUGACUUUCGCGGGAACGGCAAGGCAGAGUUAAACUUGAAGAGGGGAGAAGUGAUCUUCUUGCUGCGACGAGUCAAUGCCGACUGGCUGGAGGGUACGGUGAACAAUCAAACAGGGAUUUUCCCAGAAUCAUUUGUGAAGAUUAUUAAACCCCUCCCAGAACGUGACUCAGAAAGUGAAGGUGGGGGCCACACUUACAGCUGCCUCCGCUGUUUCCUGCUUACCCCGUCUGGAGUUGAAACCAGAGAUGUGUGUGUACAAGAGGCCCUCACCAUACAACCAACAUACAGCGAACUACUGUCCCGCAUGAGGAAUGUCUUCAAGGUGGAUGAUAUUGCUCUGAAUUACCGUGACCCAGAGGGUGACCUCAUACGCCUGCUUGACAAUGAAGACGUCCAGCUAAUGAUCAGGGAGGGCAGACGUCAGCAGGACAGCGUCAAGAGACCUGUCAAUCAGUUUCCAUGGGAACUGCAUGUAACCAUGGCCUCUGACCUCUCAGUUUAUGGUUAUGAACCGUGAGAGAAAUAUUUAAACAUGUCUCAAGACAAAAGGAAGUACAGGAACUAAGAAUUGUUACUAGUGCUGUCUUUUACAUUUGUUCCUAACCUGUUUAAGUAAACAGCGGUCCAUAUAUUACAGUUAUCAAAAUAAAUCGAUUUAAAAACA